AUGACCAAAGACUCAUCACACACCUACAUUCACCUGCAUCGCAGCCACCAUGCAGAUCUUCUGGAGGACUUCAAUCGCACUCAUCUACCUCAUGAAGAGAUCUAUGUGCCACCUCAACACCAACCUCUCAACCCAGAUGAUGAGGAUGAUGUAGUUCCUGAGCAGCAUGCUGCUUUCGGUAUUCAGAGAGCCACUCAACGUCAGCAAGAACCUGCUUGGCGUGACCUUGGUCUGGACAGAAUUUUGAAUGAAGGCCCACCAAAGAACCAACGACAGAACGAGCAACUGUCCAAAGUUCGUCUUUUGCGAUGA